GAAUCUCCCAGACCGUCAGCCGCGGAGAGCGUCACGCAGAGGAGGCGAACAGAGACCAUCUAACCCACGGAAAGAGACUCAAAACCGGCCUUAAAACCUCCCAAACACCGAAAACAGCAAGAAGACAAGAUGGUGGCCAAACAGAGGAUCCGAAUGGCCAACGAGAAACACAGCAAGAACAUUACUUUGCGAGGAAACGUGGCCAAGACAACGAGGAAUGCCAGCGAUGAUAAAGGAGUUGGUCCCUGGCUGCUCGCACUCUUCAUCUUCGUCGUCUGUGGAUCCGCCAUCUUCCAGAUCAUCCAGAGCAUCAGGAUGGGCAUGUAGUGAUGUCACAGCAGGGGGCGGAGCCUGGACGGCGAGCAGCUGACAAACACCAUCUUCAGACUGCAGCGCGUCUACGUCUCUCCCACCGGCCCUGAACGCACCGCAACAUUCCUGAACUCUGGCAGCUGAUCCUGCAACAAACCAACACACACACACACACACA